ACUUCUCUCUAGUAUUCACACAUCUCAAGAAAUCAAGUUCUAAAACUCUAACAGAAAUUUUAUCGUUACCAAGCUAGCAAGCAAGAAAUAUAUGGCUUCAGCUCAAGAUGCAGCAAGAAAGGAUGAAUUAGCAAUGAACGAGCUGAUCAAACAAGCUAACCAAAAUCGUCCACAAGAUGAGAUGAUCUUUGGAGGUUGGUUGUACAACAGGAGUAGUACCCACAAACCCUUGUACCUUUUUACUGAGAAAAUAUGGUCUGGUGACUUCUUUAACAAAUAUCCUAAUGUUAUUGAGGAAUCAGCUAGUUUUGUUCAAACAGAUAGAAAGGAAAAUGGUAUAAAGAGUGCUGUGGUCUAUUCUCGCAAAACUAGUGAAGAUCCAUCUAAUCACUAUGGUUAUCUCUUGGCUUGGUCUGACUCUAUUCAGGAUGGAAAAAAUAUAAGGAAGACGUAUGGAUAUUGUGGUCUUUUAGAGAAAUUUAUGAACAUAGACUGGGACGAGGUUGAAAAGGGCUUGAAUGAAGCAUCGUCUUCCUUUACCUACAUUGAUGCAUAUACUCGUACAUUAAUUAAGGCCCACAUCGUUGCUAAUGUGGUUUAUGCAGAGUUCGAUUAAUGGAAUAAUAUAGACUAUAGUCCAUUCUAAGCCAUAUAUAUAUAUAUGCAGUAUAUGUUGUGUUAUUAGAAUGGACUAAAAUAUAACAUAUUUAAGAUAUAUGCUUCCUAUGUAUUGAUAUUUGGUACUUAUUCCAAUAUUACAAGGGGUUGUAUGUAUAAUUUGCAUGUAGCAUGGCAAUUGCUAUGGAUGCUAUGAGUAUAACUAAAUAAAUGGGCCUCUUUUAUGUUG